AUGACAGACUACUUUUCCCAUAAAAAGACCAACGAGGAGCUCAGGCUUGCGGAGGACGCCAACAAGGAGAAGUACUGGAAGCGCUGGGGCCCGUAUGUUGGUGAACGGCAGUGGGCCACGGUUCGUGAGGACUAUUCCUUCAACGGAGAUGCUUGGUCCGACUUCCCAUUUGAACAUUCCAGGUCCAGGACCUACCGUUGGGGUGAAGACGGACUCGCAGGUGUUUCCGAUAAUCACCAGCUCCUAUGUAUUACCUUGGCACUCUGGAAUGGCCAAGACGAUAUCCUGAAGGAGCGUGCCUUUGGUGUGACUGGCCCCCAGGGAAACCACGGAGAAGAUGUUAAGGAGCUUUAUUUCUACCUGGACAACACCCCUACCCAUUCCUAUAUGAAAUACCUGUACAAGUAUCCACAUGCCAAAUUUCCUUACAAGGAGCUGGUGGAGGUGAACGGUCAACGGUCACGACUAGAGAAGGAAUACGAACUUACAGACACUGGUAUCUUCGAGGACAAUGAGUAUUUUGACGUUGUAUUUGAGAUGGCCAAAGAUGAUGAUGACCCAGAUGAGCUUUACUUCCGUAUCACUGCUUUCAACAGAAGCUCAAAGCCAGCCCCUCUGCAUAUUCUUCCCCAUAUCUUCUACAGAAACACUUGGGCUUGGGGAAUGCCCGAAGAAGAGGAGAAUCCGAAACCUAAUCUGUCGAAAGUAGGGUCCAAUUCCAUUGGUGUGGACCACUGGAAGUUUGGUGGCAGAAGACUCAUUUUCGCGCCUUCUCCAAUGAAUGACACUGAUGUGGAGCCCACGUUUCUGUUCACUGACAACGAGACUAACAUGAAGAGACUUUAUGGUGUUGCCAAUAAGGCUGAGUUCACCAAAGAUGCAUUCCAUGAUCGUGUGGUUGAUGGAGUCGAAGAUGCCACCAACCCAGCCUGUGAGGGAACUAAGGCGUGUGCAUGGUUCAACUUUGACGAGAUCUCGGCUGGAGACUAUGCCACCAUCCGCUAUAAGUUGACCACCAAAGAUGAGGACGAGAUAGACGAGGAGGAAUUUGACGAGAUGUUCGUGAAGAGAGAACAGGAUGCCGACGAAUUCUACUGGAGAGUUUCUCCCUUGCCCAUUCCAGAUCAAAUGCGUAACGUACAGAGACAAGCAUUUGCUGGUUUGUUAUGGACGAAACAAUUCUACCAGUUUAUCCAGGAGUACUGGUACCGUGGAGAUCCAACUGCAGACGUCAAACCCGCCCCGAACAGAGCCAACGGAAGAAAUAAGGAUUGGAAACACAUGUACAUCAACGAUGUGCUAUCGCUGCCAGACAAAUGGGAGUAUCCCUUUUUCGCUGCAUGGGAUACCGCGUUCCACUGUAUUCCUCUUGCCAUGUUGGAUCCCAGUUUUGCCAAGAAGCAGCUGGAGCUUCUCUUGAGAGAGUGGUAUAUGCAUCCAAAUGGACAGAUCCCGGCCUACGAGUGGAACUUUGGUGAUGUUAAUCCGCCUGUUCAUGCUUGGGCAGCUUUUAGGAUUUACAAGAUUGAGAGAAAGAUGUACGGAGUCACUGACACGCACUUUUUGGAGUCGGUUUUCCAGAAGCUGUUGCUCAAUUUCACUUGGUGGGUCAAUAGAAAGGAUGCCGAUGGAAACGGUGUUUUUGAGGGUGGCUUUUUAGGAUUAGACAACAUUGGUAUAUUCAACAGGUCCGAGCCCCUGCCCACUGGAGGCACACUGGAACAGGCAGAUUCGACGGGUUGGAUGGCUUUCUUCUCGCUCCAGAUGCUCAACAUAGCCUUAGAACUGGCUAAGACCAACCACGUUUAUGAGGGAAUUGCUUCCAAGUUUUUCGAGCAUUUCUUACUGAUCAGUGAUGCUUUGACCUACAUGAACGCUUUGCCAGACGAUACCGAAUCCACACCUCAGUCACUCUGGAACGAGAAGGACAACUUCUACUAUGAUUCCAUCACAUGGGGUGGUGAUAAUAAACAGGCUUUACCUGUGAGAUCACUGGUUGGACUUAUUCCUCUUUAUGCAUGUCUGACUCUGGAGCCGGAACUGCUCAAGUCGUUCCCGAACUUCAAGAGAAGACUGGACUGGUUUAUCAACACCAAAUCGCAUGUGGCCAAGCGUAACAUUGCCUCGAUGAAGAGUCGUGGUACAGGUGACCGAUUGCUACUUUCCCUUGUGGAUGAGGACCGGCUGGUCGCGAUUUUGGAGAGAAUGCUAGACGAAGACGAGUUUCUUUCGCCUUAUGGAAUCAGAUCGAUGUCCAAAUUUCACGAGGAGAACCCCUUCAAGAUGAAUGUUCAUGGUCAGGAUUACACCGUGGGAUAUCUCCCUGGAGAGUCUGAUUCAGGAUUGUUUGGUGGUAACUCCAACUGGAGAGGCCCCAUUUGGCUGCCCACCAAUUUCUUGCUGGUGGAGUCUUUGCAAAGGUUCUUUCUAUACUAUGGGCCAUCUCUCAAGGUGGAGUGUCCCAAAGGUUCUGGUGAGUAUCUCAACUUGGCCCAAGUUGCUGAGGAGUUGCAGCAUCGUCUGAUUCACCUCAUGAUCCCUGAUGAUAUGGGAGAAAGAGCUUGCAACGGAGGGGACAAACUGAUGAACCACGACCAGUUUUUCAAAGACUGUGUUCCCUUCUUCGAGUACUUUGAUGGUGAUACCGGUCGUGGACUCGGGGCUUCUCACCAGUGUGGUUGGACCGCGCUUGUAGCCAAGUGGAUUCAUGAUACAGGAAUUUCUUGUCGCGCUCCAGGAAGUGCGAGAACUCCGAGAUCCGAAAGCCUUGUCUCACUCCACUCCAAGAAGGCAUUCUCGGACUAUGUUCCAGUUCAAACACCCAUUCCCGGGUCUCUGACGAGACGCAAGUCAGCAAGAGGUCUUUUCACUCUCACUGCAGACGUUUUGGAAAUGACGGAUGAGGAGAUUAAGGCAGCACAGGCCAGUGGAAUACCAGGAUUGAGCAGAAAGAGUUCCAAUGUGGGACAUACCCAGUAUCAGCAGAACCAGGCCGCAGCCGAUGGGUCUCCUAAGAGUGUCGCAAGUGAGAAAGAUAAAGAGAGGAUGAUGGACUUCUUAUCUCAGGUGAGGAACGCAAUGUCAAGCUUUCAAAUUGACGAUAACGAUGAAGGAUUUGUAUCUGGUGAUGAGCUUGAAGCGCAGCAUUGA